UUCUAUGAAGUUUCUAAAAGUUUAACGUAAAAAGCUUUGAUUUAAUUUUAAAUAUUAUUUGUUUAAUGUUUCUUAAUCAAUGAAAUUAUAAUAAAAGUAAAAUGGUGACCAGAGAAUUUAAAUACAAGCAGACUUAGAAAUAGAAUGUGGCAUGUAUAAAAUCAGUUUUUAGCGGGUCUUGUGAUUACUGUCUGAAGAAUAAAACAAAAGUAUAAAAAUGAAUAUCCAUUCAGAACUUGCAGAACCUCUAACACCAGGAAUUUCAUAUGAAAAUAGCAGCUACUGGAAGAAUGAGGAUAGCGGUUAUCAUACUUCGUAUACUCCUGGUUCAUUAGAAUGUUCAGGAGUUUCUUCCGACAGUGUCAACACUGCUUUAAUCAAUGGAAAGAUUUGCUUUAGUGGCUCAUACCAAGUGGAUUGCUUUAACUUAACACCUGACGUAAAUUUAUUAUCAAACCAUAAAUAUAAUUUUUCUUCAAGUAUUAGAAACAAUGAGUUCAAAGACUCUCCACAAAAUCGUAGGGGCAUCAAACGAGCUUUUCAAGAAGAUUCGGAAAACACUGAUAUUACUUAUUCAUCAAUUCCUACGCCAACAACUUUAAUAGCUGGUGGAUUACGGAAACUUAAGUUCAAUGAUGGCGGUAGAAUUAAAACAUCUAAGAGUUUGGGCCACACGGAUUCUAUAAAUGAUUACUAUAAUUUUCAUAAUCAAGCACACACAUUUCCUUCUACACCAGUGAAAAAGCUAUGUCGAACCAGUUGCAAGCUAAAUAGUCCUACAAGUUUGAAGAGACCAGCCAAAAAACUUAAUUUUGUAAUCCAUUCACUAUCUUGUGAGAGUCAGGGAUUGCAGCAAGUUUCCAAAGUCACAAAACCCAAAGCUGUGAAAUCUAUCCAAUUCAAGCCAGAACAGAAAAUUGACAUAAUAAAGAUGUUAUAUGAAAAAGCCAAUGUCACACCACCUCUAAUGAAGAUCUGUAGUUACCUUUCAAAUGAGGAUAUUUUUAAUUUUACUUUAGUAAGUCCCUUGUGGCUAAGAGUAUGGGAAGAUGUGAGCGAACAGAGUAAACAGUUGGAAUACAUAAGAUUUUUGAAGAGGGCUAGAGAGAAUCAAGAAAAUAAAGAAGCCACACCUAAAACCAGUGAAUCCAAUCCAAUAAGGCCGUUAAUGGAAAUACAUAAUGUCUUAAACAACAAUAUUAUUCCAAAAGCUCAUACAAUUAGUCCUCCAGGUACUCCUAGAACAAUCAAAUUUAAAAAAUUUACUAAGACAGCAGCAUUGGACUUACGUAAGCAGCUUUCUUGUGUGAGGUGCCAUCAACCAGCUAAGGUGACAGAGGAAAACACGGGUGAAGAAUGGGUGGAGUGUACUAGUUCGACAUGCUCAUAUCAAUUUUGCAAGUUUUGUAGAUGUGAUCGUCAUCCAGGUAAGAGUUGUUUUCAAUAUGACCUGGAUGGCCCUAGUCCCUCGAAACGAAAGAAGAAUACCGGUGCAGUUGGUACAAAGAAAAGUAGAAAGAAUCUUAGGAGACUCUUGUGACUUACUAUUAAGUUUGAACAAUACCAGUGAUUUGCUGUUAGUGUCAUUGCAUUCCAUGUCCAAAGAUUGAUGAUUUUUAAAAUCAUCCUAUAAGAGAUUAAAUAAUUUUAACUGUUUUUGGAGAACAUAAAGAUAUCUAGGGUCUGAUAUUGUGCCAUUUAUAUAUAAAUAUCAAGCAUUUACUUUACCUCAUUUUAAUUAUUUUACUAAUGUAACAUUUUGUAAGGUCCAGGUAAGAUUUUAUUUGUAAUUCAAAAUUUAUGGAGAAGAUUUUUUUUUUUAAUUUGGAUGACAAAGUGUUAAUAGUUUUAACUGAAUUCCAUAGAAUUUUAAAUGGAUGACAAUAAAAGGUAUCUGUUAAGUUUUAACAAUCUGGAGUUAGAAUAAUGUGACAGACUGAUAGAUUUGCCAUAAAUGGUUUAGUUUGUAGUUUUAUAUUGUAAAUAUUUUAGUGAUACUAAUGUAGUGAUGUACAAUACUAUUUUAUUUUUAGACCUUAUUUGUAAGAUAUUUUAGAAUAUACAGGCCGAUUGUGUGAACUAUGAAUGUACAAUAUCCUGUGAUAUUACAUCUAAAAUUCCAUUUGCAUUUUUUUUUGGAAAAGCUGGAUAAAAUGAUUGAAGUUAAUCUUAUUAAGGGAUGCUUAAUUUUUCUUUUAAAGGUGAUUUGAAAAAGCAAGAUCCUUUUUUGUUCAUUUUAAAGUUGCCUAUUAUGAGAUCUCAUGGCAUAACAACCUAAAUAUGAAUUAAUCAAAUGAACAAGGAUCUUACUCUUUUAAGUAACCGAAAAUUACGUAACGAGAAUUUGUCCCAGCAAUUCUAUUCCAGGCUUUGGCCUCUUUUAUUAAGACUGUCCUUUUGCCAUUUUUUGAUGUUGAACUUUAAACAUACUCAUUAGACUUAAAUUUGCUUCAACUAGUUUUAUAACAUCACUAUAGUAGUUUAUUGAUUAUUAUAAUUUAGGCUAUAUAUGCUCUCUCUUUCGAUUCUCGAUAUUAAUUUUUUAUAUGUGUACUUUAUGUAUCUUAAAUUUUAUUAAAACUAAGGUAUAGACACACAGUUAUUUCAUAAAGCGUCAUUGAGCUUUACGAAUCAUCAGAACAUUACAUAAAAUAUUAUUUUCUUAAUACUCCUUCAAUAUUUUCUAGUCUUAUACAUUACAAGCCCUAUGUUCGUAACUGUUUCUACAAUCGAAUAAGCUUUCAUUUUGUAGUCGCUAGAUAAAUAGUUAUCGAAUAUUUAGAUAAUUUCGUUAAUAUUAAUUGGCAUCAUCACAGUUUAAACUCAAAAACCCUAAUUAAAAUAAACAAUUACAUUAAUGAGUUUUUUGAUAACACUCACAAGGUACUGUGUUACUUAUAUGGAGUAAAAUGAGAUCAUAUCCAAAACUUGUUCUUGUUUUUUAAAGAAUAAAGAUAUACCAACAUUAUGUAUCUCGUGUUGUGAAAUAAUUAACGAUGUUGCCAUUAUACGAUGAAGCAAAAUCGAAUUGGUGUCGCGUUGUACCGUUAAGAAGGUCCCUUUCUUGCUUGAAUUGAAACGCGCGUAACGGUUUUCAAUACCAGUGUAGAAAAUGCCUAGGUUCGCCAUUACCAGUUUUAUUGGUAAUAUUAGUUUUUUUAUUAAAUUAUUUUUUAACGAAUGUAUCAAACAUUUGCCUCAAUAAUGACCUCAAUGUUUUAAAUACAAUCUGUUUGAUUAGUAUGCUUAAACUGGUUUUAGGAAAAGGCCUUCAUAAGCUCUCACAAGUUGUAGGUAUGUCUAUUAAUAACUGCCACCAGCACUCACUUUAAUGAAGGCAUUCCAGAACUUUUUGGAGCUGCUGUAUAGUAUUAAGUAUUUUUCGUAAAUAUAAAAGACAAUUUUAGACAUUAGAUAGGUCUAUAAAUGUUUGGCACAUCUUUAACAUGUCCACAAUAUUCAGAUUUUAAAUGACAUGAUGAAAUUUCUAUUGAAAAAAAAAUAGAAUUAAAUUAAAAGACAUAUUGAGCUCAAUAAUUGAACUUCUACAAGGAACUGAAUUGUACCGUUUUGUAUUUUUAUAAAUUAUUUAAGUGUUAAUGUAACAGUGCCCUGCUGAUAUCGGUGGGUUUCUCUUAGUAGGAUAAAAGGUGUAAUGAGCUUUAAAGGGAUGUUCUACUAAUAUACAACAUUCUGUCAAUAAGCUUUUGUGUACAUUGCAGGUAGGUAAAAAAUCGCAAGAGAAAAAAAUAGCAAUAAAAAUAUUUUGUAUUUCUUUAUCCAUAGACUUUCCAAAGAUAAUAUUUUAUAAAUCAUAGUGCAGCUUACACCUGAUCUGUUAUGUUACUUUAAAUUAUUUACAUACUUUAAGGUUAAUUGACAUUUAUUUGGAGAGCAUAGCGCACUGAUUACGCACAUAAAAAAUCUGUAAUGAAGUUACAUAUUUUUUACAAAUCAAUCAACCAAAUACAUGUUAAAUAAUCUUGAAAGUGUUAUUGAAACGGUAUCCCGAAAUAUUAAUAUUUAUAAUUAAUUUUUGCCUGACAAUUACGCGUUAAUUUAUGUAGUGAUAUGUUUUAUUUAUUUGUAAAUAAACAUUUUAUUUUAAUGGUUAAACAAAAGCAAAUAAUUUGAUUGUUCAAUGUGGAAUACAAUUUAAUUUAAUGAAUCUUGUAUUAUUUUAAGUUUCUUGUGUCAAUUGCUAAAUUCAAACAGUUCGAAAGAAUUUGUUGGAAUUAGUUUUUUAUUAUUUUUUCAUGUAAAUAGUGUUUUAAUGUGUUAAUUGUAUGGAAUGCUUGAGAAGCUCUCUUUAUAAUAAAAGUCACAAAGUAA